AUGGGUGGAAAGGCGAGUCCGGAUGCUGCACAAGUGAGUGAUGAACAUAAAAAAGCGGAAAAGGAGAGGACAGAAGCUCAUAUUAAAACACUAGAUGAUCUUGUUAGUGUCAAUUCACUCUUCACUUUAGCCGUGUUUGUGGGCUUAUCUCAGGCUUCACCAGGCGCUAUCAGCCUCGAGAAUCGUCAAGAGUGUAAUGCUGGUCCUGGGGUAGCUAAAAUGCUGGUUCUGUACGAAGUUGUGGCCUUUGCUUGUUUCCUCUUAUCAAGCCUUGUCGCGAAGGUUAUUAAGCUGCUCUUGGGCUUGGAUAGUGAGAGAUUCAAGUUGGUUCAAGAUAGAUUCGAUUUGAAAGACUUUUUGUUGAUUUUAACUGCCAGUGCAUCUAUUCGAAUAGGCUUGUAUUCUUGUGGGAGUGCUGAAGCAAGGAGAGCCAUUAAUUGGGCUCUCGGUACUAUCGUUGGAAUUGCUUUGACGAUUUACGUGCUGGCUCUGAUUAUAGCUAUUUAUGCUUCUAUUACUACUGAUGGUCAGUAUUCGAUUAGUUCGAAAACCAAUUCUGAUAAAAAGGGGGGUGGCAAUCAGAAAGAUGAAAGUUCUGGUUUAAUCGAAGGCCGUUCAGCCGUUUGA